AUGAAUUGGGUUUCUCUCAAAACGUUUUAUCAGCAUAAUUACGAUAUCAAUAACAACGCCAUCGUGCCUUCUCAACCUAUUGUUCUGGAAAAUGGUUUUGAUGAUAAAGUGGACAUCUUCUUAUAUGGAGGAUUAUCAAACCACUUCAAACUCGACACAAACGGUAACACGGCAACACUUAGGCUGGAGACUGCUCUACCAGACAGUGUGUUCUCAAAUCAGUACAUCUUCUUUGAAGUAAGAGCUGAAAGAGAAGACACUAUAGGAACUGCUGCCACGAUAAUAAUACAACUACCUGAAGCCAGAGAAUUGAUGUUUGAAGAAUCAUCUUACAGAGGAAGUAUUCAGAACAAUGACAUAGCUCUUGGAAAUAUUCGACUAGCAGUUGGUUAUGACGAGAAAGUAAAAUUUGAUCUUCAUGGAGAAUUCUCAACCCACUUCACUCUAAACGACGAGAAGAACGGUCAAGUAACAUUGAAUGUAAACCCAACAAUACCCGAAAAUGUGAUAUUAGAAAACAACCUCAUAUAUUUGACCGUCACGGCAUCGGGGGUCAACGCAAUAACGACAACCACAAGUAUCCUUCUUGAUAUAAUAAAGGCCGACCAUACGACACCUGUGUUCAGUCGUAAUAUUUACUACGGUACAUACUUGGGAAACACAAUAGAUAUACAAAAUAUUAACCUCAUACAGGGUUUCGAUAAAUACGUGAAGUUCAGGCUGGAUGGAGAGCAUUCAAACUAUUUCCAAAUUUCUGGGGAAGACAACGAUAUGCAGUUGACUUUGCGUCCUGAAAACAUACCGGAAGAUGUAAUUUUCAACGAGAAAGUUUUGGUGUUCAAUGUUCUAGCAGAAAAAGCAUUAACUGUUGGUGCUCACGCAGUUAUUGUGAUAAGAUUCCCGCCGGAUUUAACAAACACGGCUAUCAUGUCGUUUUCACAAAACGCAUAUCUCGGAAAAUAUGAAAAUAAUGAACUCGAAGUGGAUCAAGUGGUUCUAACGUCAGGAUAUGCUCCAGGCACUGAAUUUAUAAUAACUGGGGAAUACGAAAUAUUUCCAAAGAUCAGUAGAGGAAAAUACAGUAUCACUGGCUCUUGAUAAAACUUUACCAACUGAUACAAUACCAGGCCCAUUUAUAGUGUUGGAAAUAGAAGCUAGAAGGGAAAGGGCUGCAUCAGUAUGGACAAGUGUAAUUAUUAACAUUGUAGAACAGGAAAUUGUGCAUCCUGUAUUCACUAACGCUUAUUAUGUGGGUAUUUAUAAUGCUGACACGGAAGUAUUACAAUUUGAUGAAAUAAUUUCCUUAUUUUCUGGCUUUGAUGACACAGUAACGUUCCACUUGGAAGGAGAACACUCCGACCUGUUUCGAUUGGUACCAGGUUCUGAUACCAAUUCGUACAAAAUAGAUACUAAAGAAUCUUUACCAAAAGAUCUAC